AUGGAUAAAAUUAUUAAUCUCCAAAGGGAAACACAAAACGUUAUUAAUAAAGCCUAUAGUAAUUAUAAAAAAUGUCCCAAGGAACGUUUAACGUACGAAUAUUUAGAGACGAGGUUAGAAAUAUUAGACAGUAAUUGGCAAUCUUUUAUUGAUAAUCAUAAAAAGUUGUACGAACAUGUUAAACCGGAAGACUUACAAACAUCUGAUUAUGUUAAAUUAGAGGUUUAUGAUAAAACUGAGGACACUUACAUUGUUUACAAAUCUCAUAUGAAAUCUGCAAAAAAUAAAUUAUGUCCAUCAGAGGAGAAGCCACAGCGCAGUGAUUUGACUCCUUUUCUAGAUAAACAAUGCGCCGUGAAAUUACCUAGAAUUACAAUUCCUACAUUCUCGGGUAAAUACUCGGAAUGGACGACAUUCCGAGAUUUGUUUUUGUCAUUAGUCCAUAAAAAUGAAUCACUCGAUAAUGUGCAGAGGCUUCAUUAUUUAAAGAGUCAUCUCACUGGUGAGGCGGCUCAACUGAUUCGGCAUACUCCAGUUACCGAAACAAAUUAUAAAGAAUCUUGGGAUGUUUUAGAAAAGAGAUAUAAUAACAAAAGGUAUUUGUCUAAUUGUAUUUUAAAAAGGUUGUUUGGUCAAAAACGGAUAUAUUGUGAAUCGGCAUCUAGCUUAAAAGAAUUGUUAGAUACCACAAUGGAUUGUUUAUGUGCAUUAAAAAAUUUAGAUAUAGAUGUAAGCAAAUGGGAUAUAAUUGUCAUUUAUCUUGUAAGCUAUAAACUGGAUGCUGAAACACGUAAGCAGUGGGAAUUAUUUAUAGCAAGUGAUGAUUCUUUACCCACAAUUGAUACGUUCAAAAUAUUUAUCGAAAAUCGUUUUAGAGCAUUAGAAACAAUUGAACCGCGUAAAAUACUUACUCAUAAUGCCACCCACUCUCCGAACACGAAAGUUUUGCUAGCGACUAAGUCUUUUAGUUUAAAGUGUGAAUACUGUUCGCAGAAUCAUAAAUUAUGUUUCUGCAAACAGUUUUCGAGUCAAGAUGUUGACCGCAGACGGGAAUUUGUGUCAACAAGAAAGAUGUGUUUUAAUUGUUUGGGCCGAAAUCAUCUUUCCUACGAUUGCAAAAAACCGACAAAGUGUAGGAUAUGUCAAAAAAGACAUCACACACUAUUGCAUCCCACCAACAAUCAGGAGAAAAAGGACCAGGCUGCGGUUUUAAACCAGUCGGCCAGUUGCACUGAUACUUCGGAAUCUGAAGUUCCGGUAGUAGCUUGCCUUUCUACUGGUCACAUCCCUAAGCCCAGGCAGGUCUUAUUAGCGACAGCACUAAUAAGAGUUGAAUCUAAAACCGGAGAACAUAAGCUAGUACGAGCCCUUAUAGAUCAAGGUUCUCAAGGUUGCUUCAUUACAGAAGCAAUAGUUCAGUAUCUUCAAUUGAAGAAAAUUCCAGCAGUCGGGGUGAUUUCAGGAUUAUCAAAUAAUAAAGUUAUGCGCGCUCAGUCCAAGGUUCGAUUCCAAGUGCAAUCAUGUGUUGAUCCAAAUUUUAAGAUGGGAAUUGAAGCUUAUGUUUUGAGCAAGAUAACCGACUGUCUACCUGAAAGGAAGAUAGAAGCAAUAGCUUGGGAAGAGCUUAACCAAUUGACGUUAGCCGACCCACAGUUCAACAUACCCAAUAAAAUUGAUAUUUUAUUGGGUGCGGAUGUUUAUAGCACGAUAAUAAGGCAUGGGAUAAAGAAGUGCCCAAAUGGGUCCCUGAUAGCACAGAAUACCACGCUUGGGUGGAUUCUUUCCGGUGUAAUAAACAAUGUAAAUGGAAAAAAUAAUACUUCUACAAUGAAACUUCAGGUUAUGCAUGCACAGGUCAUGGACAAUGAAAUACUGAAGAGGUUCUGGGAAAUAGAAGAAAGUAAGUUUUACAAUGAAAAGAAAAUACAUACAGAAGAAGAGCAAAAAUGUGAGAAAAUUUAUGAGACUACGACUAAAAGAACGCCAGAAGGGCGAUAUAUAGUAAAAUUACCAUUGCGAGACGAAGAGCUAGUUUGUAAGAAUGGCAAUUCUAGAGAAAUAGCGAUAAAGAGACUAAAGUCAUUAGAAACGAGACUAAGUAAGAAUCAAGAGCUACGGGAAAAAUAUCAUAAUGUUUUAAAGGAAUAUUUACAGUUAGGGCACAUGAGAUCAAUAAGUAACCAUGAACCAAGGAUUAACGAACCUAUUUAUUUACCACACCAUGCCGUGGUACGAGAAGACAAGUCCACCACAAAGGUUAGAGUGGUCUUCAAUGCUUCAGAGCCAAAUAAGUUUGGUGUAUCAUUAAAUGAUGCUUUGAUGGUAGGACCUACCUUACAAGCAGAUCUCAGACACACGAUGUUACGCUGGCGAACCCAUCCGAUUGCCUUAGUGGCAGAUAUUGUAAAAAUGUAUCGCCAAGUGCUUGUAGCCGAAGCAGAUGCCAACAUGUAUCAACGCAUUGUGUGGAGAGAAGAUCCUAAGGAAGAAAUAAAGGAUUAUGAACUCUUAACAUUCACCUUUGGAACUGCAUCGGCGCCUUACCUAGCUGUGAGAACACUUCAUCGGGUAGUUUAUGAUGCUGGAGUUCUAUACCCAAUCGCUGCGGAACAAGUCUUGAACUGCUUCUAUAUGGAUGAUUUAAUGACAGGUUGUGAUACGGUUCAAGAAGGUUGCGAAAUUGUUAAACAAUUAAAAGAAUUAUUAGGACAGGCAGGAUUUGAAUUGCAGAAAUGGAAUAGCAACAGUAAAAGGCUGAUGAAACACAUAGAGCAAGGUGAAGAAAAGGACACUAUAAUAAAGAAAACAAAAUUGAAGGACAACAAAGGAGCAGUAAAACUAUUAGAAAAUGAAAUAAGUGAAGUCAAAAUAAGAUCAGAUGAUACAAUAAAAAUUUUAAGGACUAACCUGGAGCCGCGCUGA